UUCAUACACAUCGGUUUUUUCUCCCAUUUCUGUUUUUUAUUGUACACCAUUUUUUUCUGAGUUUCCUUAGGAUUUCAUUGGUUAGUACCAUGCCUUCUUUUUCCGGUAAUGAGCUAACGAAUGAACAGAUCGACGAACUUCGGGAUGCCUUCGAGCGCUAUGAUCUGGACGCGAAUGGCACUUUAUCAGCCAAAGAUGUGCGUCUGGCUCUGAUUUCAGUGGGUUACGAAAUCACUGAGGCGGAGCUGUACGAUCUCAUACACUCGGUGGCCGUGAGUGACGAGCAGGAACUGGAUUUGCAAAAAUUUAUGCGCAUGAUGGCGCCCCGAAUGGCCCACGUGGAUAGUGAUCAAACUCUAUGCCGGACCUUCAGCAUCAUUGACCGCGAUCGCGACGGCUACGUCUCCGUCCAGGAUGUGCGUGCCAUCAUGGUCGUCCUGGGCGAAGUCGUAACCGAUGACGACAUUAAGGACAUCUGCCGUGCCGUCGAUAUGGAUGGCGAUGGGCGCAUAAGCCUGCGCGAUUUCAUAAGCUUCAUGCACAGCCCCAUUUGAACUGAGAGCGCAAUCAAAAUUUUAUGUUUUUCAUAACAAGUAGGCGUAAGAAAAUGUGUGUUUCAAAAAUCCACUGUAAACUAUAAUACAAAUAAUUGUUUUCAUAA